AAUUUAAAGACCCUCAUCCCCCAUCCUUACCCUACCAAGCCUCACACUCCCCUCCCCUCCCCUCCCUCCCCAUAACAACUUGAGAAGUGAGACAGAUCCAUCAACCCCAAGGCACCCAACCCAGUAAUCCACCACCCUAACUUCUGCAGAAGUCCAAAAUGAUGUCCACUCUCCCUCUUGCACAGUGGGUGAUCCUACUCUUCUUCUUCCAUAAGAUGCUGAUCUUGACCACUGCAACAGAACUGAAGCAGGGUUUUUACGCAGAAACAUGUCCAGGAGCAGAAUCGGUGGUGAGAGAAGUGAUGAAGAAAGCCAUGAAAAGGGAUCCAAGAAAUGCAGCAUCUGUCAUGCGCUUUCAGUUCCAUGAUUGCUUUGUUGAUGGCUGUGACGCUUCUUUAUUGCUAGAUGACACACCUAAUAUGCUUGGCGAGAAACUCUCUCUGUCAAAUAUAAACUCGCUGAGAUCAUAUGAAGUCAUCGAUGAAGCAAAGGAGGAGUUAGAGAAUCUCUGUCCAGGCGUUGUAUCAUGCGCAGAUAUUAUUAUCAUGGCCUCUAGAGAUGCCGUCGUAUUGACCGGAGGACCCAAUUGGGAAGUCAAGCUGGGAAGGAAAGAUAGCUUGAUGGCUAGCCAAGAAGACUCCAACAAAAUCAUGCCAAGCCCAAGAGCCACUGCAAGCGCGCUCAUCGAUCUAUUCAGUGAGUUUGAUCUCUCUGUAAAGGACCUUGUAGCCCUCUCUGGUUCUCACUCGAUUGGCAACGGACGGUGCUUCUCAAUUGUCUACCGCCUCUACAAUCAGUCGGGCACAGGCAAGCCUGACCCUGCGAUGGAGCCCGAGUAUAGAGAAAAGCUUGACAAGCUCUGCCCAAUAGGAGGAGACGAGGAGAUAAUAGGAGACCUUGAUGCAACUCCACAUGUUUUCGAUAAUCAAUAUUUUAAGGACUUGGUCUCUGGAAGAGGAUUUCUCAAUUCAGAUCAAACUCUAUACACCAAUGAAUGGACUCGCGAAUUCGUGCAAAACUUCAGCAGCAAUCAAGAGGAGUUCUUUAAUGCCUUUGUCGAGGGUAUGGUGAAAAUGGGUGAUCUCCAAUCUGGCCGUCCGGGAGAAAUCCGGCAGAAUUGCAGAGUUGUUAACCAGCGACCUAUGGAAAUCUUGAUUGAGACUUUAGAUGAUGAACUAAUAGAGAAGUGAGAGAUAGAAGAGAUUAUCAUUACCAGUGUAAUAGUCUGAUCAGUAGUAUUGGAUAGAAAGUAAUAAAGAUGAGAUUAGAUGUUAGCUUUCAUGGAAAACCAUUAGAAGAAAACUACUGCAAAUGUGAGAAUCCCAUUGUAGAAUAGAUGGACAGGCAACUUGGAACUUGCCUUGCUAAUCCUGUGCAAUUGCGUUAGUUGUUGCAAAUUGCAAUAGGGUGUGGGGCACGUUUGGCAUCAUCUAUUUUGAGUGAUUCUACUUGGAAAUUGGAAUUGGUUUUUAUGCA